CACAAUUAUUAUUUCCCUGUUAUUACCGUUCUUACUUCUUUCCAAUUUUCAACUCGGUUAAGCUCUCGCAGCUCUGCUCUGCUCUCUCUGUAUGAAAAGCUCAAGUUACGUCUAGUAAGGUAAACAAGAGCCAUGGACAUGGACCUGGACGAACUUGACGAUCUGGGCCGGGCUCCAUCAAGGUCUACCAGAUUUGCCCCUAAGAACUCUAAAUUUAAACCCAAACCUAAAAUCAAACCACUAAAACCAAAAUUGGAUACCAGUUCUGUUCUGCCUUCAACAAAGAAGGAAUUAGCAGAGCCAUUAAUAACAGCUACUGAUUCUGGAAAUAUAGUUAAGGUAGAAAUGGAAUCAUCCUGUACAACCGCUUCCAACAGAGAUGAUAUUGUAAAAAUGGACACUGACUUGAAGACUGAAGGGAACCUGCCAGAAGAUCCAAUGGAAGAAGACAAUCACAAAGACGAAGAUCAGAUUGUUCGAGAAAUUGAUGUAUUCUUCACUCCAUCCUUGGACUCCAAGUCUCUGCUUUACGUUAUGCAAUAUCCAUUAAAGCCCUGCUGGCGUCCCUACGAACUGGAUGAACAAUGUGAAGAGGUAAGAGUGAAACCAACGUCCUCUGAAGUUGAGAUUGAUUUAACAGUGGAUCUUGAUUCGAAGAAUUACGACCCUGAUUCAAAUAGCGGAGUGAAGAUGACAAAGCAGAUUUUGUCAUCUUCAUGGAAGUUACCUUGUAGGAGUGGAUACGCAGUUGGAGUUUUAAAAGGAAAUAAGUUGCACCUGAAUCCUGUGAAUGCAGCAGUCCAGCUCCGGCCAUCCAUGCAACAUUUUGGAUCUGGGGCGUCAAGAAAGAAACAUAUGGUACGUCAUGACGAGGGUGAAGUUAAGGAAGGAAAAUCUGCUGGACCAUCAAAGAAACAGAACAAGCAGACAGAGGUCCUAAAUGAGGCAUUGAAAGACUUAGAAGAGAACUGGAUCCAUCUCAAGUACAAUGGUCCAACGAGUGAUGCUUCUAGCAGAUAUUUACAAAAAAUGGUGGGAGAAGAAGGCUCUGAGAUUGAAUUUUCAAUGAGCUCGUUUGAUUAUGUCAAUUCCUUUUGUCCCGGGACUUCAAAUCGACAAGGAGGUCCUUCUAAAAGGUAUCUGCUUUCAUUGCCGCUUGAAGAUCGCUUAAAGAUUUGGUUGUGUAAGGUAGCACCCAUUCAUCGGUUUGACGUUCUCAAGUACCUAGCUCCAAGUGAUUCUGUUGAAGAUCUUCUAGAAGUGCUGAAGAAGCUCUGUUAUUUAGUGCAAGGACUAUGGGUUCCAAAAAGUUCAUUGUUAGAACUUCAAGGGCUUGACGCUUUAGUUAGGGAUUACACCCUGUAUUUGUUUAGCAAGAGUCACUGCAUCAGUAAAAGUGAUUUACCACAAAAGAGUAAAUUGAAAAAUGCUAUGGAAAAUGUGCUCAGAGUGUUUGCUGUUCAAAGAUCGGCCUUGAGAGAUUGGAAAUUCAAGGAACCUAAAGAUAUGUCUUUUGUGCAACUUCAUCCUGAUAUUGUUAAGGAACAAGAACAAGCUUGGGAAGCUAGAGGUGAAAAGUUGAAUAUUCAAAUCUAUGGUGAACGCAGUGGACAUGGCCUGAAGAAUUCUUCAAAGACUGGUAGCACUGGUAGGCCCGUAUCCAUAGAAAAUGCUACCAAAGGCUUGCCAAAAACUUCAAUUAAAGCCCCUCCGAAAACAGCUAUAUCAGAUGAAACUCGCGAAGCACUAUUGAAGACCCUUCAGAAACUAUUCCAGAGCAACAAAGUUUGCAGCUUCCGACGCAUAUGCCAACUUCUACGGGACGUGGCAAUUUCAAAAGAUGUUCAUGCGAAAGGGGGAGCUCUUGAGAGAUCUGCAGCAACUGGUCUUGAUGCUCCUCCAGAGGAGCUUCGAGCAAUUAUUAAUCAAGUUGCUAUAGAUAUUCAUGGUGUCUAUGUUUCAAGGACAUCUACAGAGCACUCAUAUGAUGGAUUGAGGAAAACUGUUAUUGAUCUUCUUAUUGUUGAGGGGCCCAAUGCAAAGCUUAAGAAGGCUACCAUCAUGGAAGCUGCCAAAAUUGCACUGAAGAGGGAGGAAAUUCCUAUGGCCGAGUACAAUAAGGUUAUGAGUGAAUUGUGCGUAUCGCGAGGUUCCGUGUGGGUGCUCAAAAGCGGCGACGGGUCUCCAGAUGACAAGAUGCACAGCUGAGCUGACCCAGAAUCAACUGACUGUAUAUGGAUUGGGAUUGCUAUACUAAUGAAUAUAAUGUAGUUCUCAGAGUACUCUUUGUUCCAUAUGUAUGUAGGACUUGAUGAAUGGAAGCAUCAUAUAAUGUAAUGAACACAAAAUCUUCACUUCUAAUCAAUUGUUCUUUCUUUUGGAA